UAUCGGCAUCUUUUCUUUAACCAUCUUUAUCUCGGUUUCAUUUAAAAUAUUCCAUUUUCAUUGUAUGUGUUUUAUUCGAAUUUGCUUUUUAUUCCUGUGAAAUGUGACUCUCUCCUCUUCUCUUUCAUCUUUGUCGAAAACGAGGGCAACCUCGGCAAAUUUUAAAUACAGACUUGAAUGCGUGAAUUCAUCAUCUUCAAUUUUAUGUCCUAUCAUUAUUGUGUUUCGAUGUUUUCCAUUGCUCCAUAAAAGGCACUUAGCUUUGCCUUUGUAUUUGAGAGAUGAAGUUCAAAUGAACCUGCCUCAUCUCUCCCUUGAUCUACCAGCGCCCCCUUGUGACGAAAUGUGGUUCCACACAUUGUGCGUGGAUUAUUUUUUCUCCAGCAGGUUUUCUUGAAUCAGAUCUAAUCGUUAAUUUCUACAAACUUAUGCUGCUUAAAAUGAUUAUGCAGUUUAAAAUGAUUAAAAUUAAUAAUGGCCCGGCUGCAUAGGUUGCAGGGUCCUGGUGCUGUGACACAAUAUACAACACUUACAAGCUAUAACAUUAAAGAUCUUAGAAACACCUGUACUUUUUAGUAAAAAACUCCUAUUGGAAGAAAAUGGACAAACCUGAAUUAAUCACACAAAAGCAGUUACUUCUUGUGCACCUUGUUCACUGUAUCUUUCACAAUUAUCAGAGUAGUACUCAUUGAUUUGGAGCAAAACAGUCAUAUUACAGACUUAUUUUGGUGUUUUUGCUUUUUUUCUUCAAUCUUUCCUUUUGAUCUAACAUUAACCCCCCCCUCCCCCCACAAAUCUGCAGCAUUCCUCUUUUAAAAUACAUGGGGUAUAUUUUAAACACAGUAAAACAAGGCUGCAACUAACGAUUAUUUUUUCAUCAUCGAUUCAUCUGUCGAUUAUCUUCUCAAUUAAUCGAUUUGUUGUUUGUUCCAUAAAAUGUCAUAAAAUUGUGAAAAAUGUUGACCACAUUUCCCAAAAACCAAAGAUAUUUAGUUCACUGUCAGAGGAGCAAAUAAACCAGAAAAUAUUAUCACAUUUAAGAUGCUGAAAUCAGAGUAUUUUGACCUUUUUUUCCCAUAAAAACUACUUUCGGAAACCGAUUAAUCUAUCAUCAAAAUAGUUCCAAAUUAAUUUAGUAGUCGAUACUAAUCAACUAACUGUUGCAGCUCUACAGGAAACACUCAAAUCCUCCAUAAAGUGACGCUGAGCAGAAAACCCCCAGUGUUUUCCUUCUCCCUGCAUCAUGGCCGCCGUGCGGCAAUCAGAUCAAAAUGUGGAGCAGCUGCAUCGAUCUGCCGCUCACUGCUCAGAGGUUAUAAUUCGGGGUCCGGGUCUUUUGUGCCUGAUCCAACAGGUGAGUUGUAGCCUGGUUUGGUUUUUGGAUAUGGUUGCUGCUGAGAAAAGCUGAACAAUGAGCUCUACGGAUUGUUUGAGGCUGUUCGUGCUUUGUCUCUGGCUGCUGCCUUGUGAUGUAAAUUGUGAGAAUUCCCUGAAAGGUUACGUCCUCAAACCUGUCCAUUCAGGACAUUCCCAACUGGGAGUCCACAAUGACAACAGAGACUAUGAAAGAUUGGGUGAACGCACUAUUUUCAGAAUUCCCACAGCCGUUUUCAAGACGUCAAGUGUGGACCGAGGGGAAAGUGGCAACAUUUACCCGGCUCAAGAAGAUCAGCGCAACCCCGACUCUAGAUCAUCACAAACUCAAAGCCGCCGUCAUCCUCAUCAUCAUGCUGUUGUUCCUGGAACGCUAAAUGGGAAUGUUGAAAACAGCAAAAUAAACCGUGGUAAAUAUAGCUUCAACGUGGGAUCGCUUACACGGGGAAGAAGUACUGAUGUGUACAAACAAUCUGGAAACAAACGGGUCGCUUUUUCUGGUGGCAAGACGAUUCAUGAAGCAAGCUCGGAUUCUGUCUUCUCCACCGGUUCAGUUCAGUCUCAGCUCCGUCGCCAUCAUACCAGAACCGGGACUAAGGGAGGUUUUUUGCCUGUUCAGGUAGACAAAGCUCCGGUAAGCUUUGGACACAACAGCAGAGAGGGCCUCCUGUCUUCACACAGCAAUACAGACGGUCAGAACAUUCAAGCCAUCAAGUCCAGUCGGAAGUCCGAGUCUCACAGGAGUCAUGUAAACCCCUCCGGACCCAUCGUACCAGCAGAAAAAGUUAGACCACGGGUGCCAUGGAGCCCCAGGGCCUUGAGAGGCGAUGUUACGUCUGAAGAAAGAGGAUACGCCAACGUCCGGCGUCUCAAGCCUGGUUUGGACAAAAAACAGCCCCAUGCCAGUUCUGCUGGAGGGACGAAGUUCCCCGCAACAGGUUUACCAUCUGCAAAUCAGAACCGAGGCAGUUAUAGCCACGAUUCAACAAAAGUGGGAUUUGGUCACGGUGUUCUAACAUCAAGUGAAAGGCCGCAAAAUUUCAUUAACAAUCGCAGAGAAAGCCAACCCUUCCGUCUGCAUUUCCCACCACCAAAUAAAGCACAUAUUCCUGCCCAGGGAAAAUUCCAACCUUUCCAGAGACUCCUUGCCAAUGACGACCCCUCAUCAGACAGUAACGCAACGUCCACGCAGACGUCUGCGGGGACGGGCCCUCCCCCCAGUGGUUUGAACUCAACAGGUGUAACUUCAACAGUUGCUCCUUCAGUCUCUGGAGAGCCGAGCACCAAUUCGUCUUCACCCAUCCAGACGGAAGACCGAGAUGCAGAACCCCAAGGGUCGAACCUCGAGGAUUCAGCAGAAGCUGGACCUUCCUUGAACCAAAAUCAAUUAAGUACGGCUUUUCCUCCACAGCUACCACCAGAAGAAACGGAGGGGGAAAUGUGACGCUUUUCAAGUCCCUCUUUGGAGACGCAUCAUUCUCGAGUAUGAACUGGGCUACAGAGCUUCUGUAUAUAACAAGUCUGUGAAUGCAGGAGUUGUAAAGGUUACAGUGGUUAAAGCGUUUUUCACCCCAGAUCUUAAACAUGCCUGCCUCUUGUCAUGGAAAGGAUGUGACUUUGAAU